CCGCUGCCACUCGUCGCCAUGUCUGCCCCCAAGUACGCCGGCGCGCGCUCCAUCCUGCUCAUCAACGGGCCCAACCUCAACCUGCUCGGCACGCGCGAGCCGGAGAAGUACGGCAGCGAUACGCUCGAGACCAUCGAGGGCCGCGCACGCGCGCAGUGCGAGAGCAUGGGCAUCAAGUUCGACGCCUUCCAGUCGAACCACGAGGGCGCGCUGCUCGACCGCAUCCACGCCGCGCGCCUCGAUGGCACCGAGGCCGUCAUCAUCAACGCCGGCGCAUACACACACACGUCCGUCGCCCUGCGCGACGCGCUGCUCAGCAUCGAGUGCCCCUUCAUCGAGCUGCACAUCUCCAACACACACGCGCGCGAGGAGUUCCGGCACAAGAGCUACCUGUGCGACAAGGCCAGCGCCGUCAUCCUCGGCUUUGGCACGUACGGCUACACGGCGGCCAUCGACCACUGCGCGCGCAACCUGCGCAAGGGCGGGCUGGAGAAGAUGGGCGCAAAGCCGACGUAAGGCGAACACGGAGGGGCACAAAGGCGCUGGCGCAUGAGGUCCAGCAUCGAGAGGGAUGCGCACGGGCAAGUCUGUCACAGUCUGCGACUCAGGAUGGGCACGACGGACAGCGAUGGAGAUGCAUGCAAUGACUACGGAGCUCCAUCUAGGCAGCGUGGAGCCUAGCAGGGUUGGUGUAGCAGGACAAGCGACGCAUCGGCCGUGCAAGCUGGGGCCAGCUGCACUCAGGGCGCGACUGCAGCGCUGUCGGUCGCAGGGGUCGGUACCUCGUCGCGCAGCUGGAG